GAGACCUCAAUUCAGCCCAGAAGUGGACAGAUCAUCUCAUAAUAAAAUUAGUGAUAAUAAUAACUGAUGUUAUUAAUGCCACACUGUUAUAGUGUGAGGAUAACAGUACGUUUGCUUAGUGCAUCUCAUUUAAUCUUCAACAAUCCUAUGAAGUAGGUGUUACCGUCCCCAGUUUACAGGAAAGAAAACUGAGAUGCAGAGAUAAGGUGAGCAUUUUGAGUGCCACCCCAGGAGGUUGCUCUGAGCGUCCCCUACGGACAGAUAGGAGCCCUCCUCCCCCACAAGGAUCAAGACAGAGAGGUGGGGGAAAGGAGGUGGAGUAGAGCAGUGGAGGGAAAUCUGGCCAGAAGUUGGUAAGGAGGCUUCCUGCCCCGGCAUCCCACCUCCGGGAGACAGCCAGGUGCGGCCCAGGAUCCCGGAGGUGCAGGGGAAGGAGGUGGCGUCUCUGCUCCUCUGGCGCUGGCCCGUCCCAGAGAGGACAGGAAGCCAGGACACCGGGGAUUGUCUCUCGCAGCCGCAGCCGCAGCCCCAGCCCCAGCCCGGGAGGAAGUUCUGCCGGGUGCUCUCCGCCGGUGCCUCCCUCGCUAUAUUGUUGAACAGGAAACAGGGCAGCGCGGGAGCUGGGCGGUGGAAGAGGGAGCGCCGGACGCCGAGGCCCCGCGCGCCUGCCCAGGACAAGUGGAGGCGAGGUCAGCUCGCGGACACCCCCAGCUCCUGAUCCCAGAGGUCUCUCCAGCCUAGCCCUUUGAAGCCCCGCCCAAGGAGAUGGCAGGGACCUAACCUGCAUCCAUCCUCCGGCUCCGCCCAACCAGCCCAUGGGCUCCGGGAGGCCUGCCCUGCCGAAUGCGGUCCGCUUCCCUGCUCCGCGGCCCUGACCUCCGCGCGCCUCCUGCUCGUUGCCCACAGGGACACGCCGCGGCCGCGAUGGCGGCGGACGUCGAGGGGGACGUGUACGUGCUGGUGGAGCAUCCCUUCGAGUACACGGGAAAGGACGGGCGCCGCGUCGCCAUCCGGCCCAACGAGCGCUACCGACUGCUGCGCCGCAGCACGGAGCACUGGUGGCACGUGAGGAGCGAGCCCGGCGGCCGCCCCUUCUACCUGCCGGCGCAGUACGUGCGCGAGCUGCCGGCCCCCGGUCACCCUGUCCCGGCCCCGCAGCCGCCCGCGCCCCUCCCGGGCCCCGCCGCCCCCGAACCUCUCGCCUAUGACUACCGCUUCGUGAGCGCGUCGGCGCCGGCCGGACCCAACGGCGCUCCCGCCGAGUCCCGGGGCCGGGCGGGCUCCAUGUGCGGCCUGCCUCGGCGCGGCGCUGGCAGCCAGCGCCGAAGCCCGGUGCCCGGCUCGCCCGCCUGCCUGUACGCGCGGCCCGCGGCUCCUGUGCGCCCCGCGCAGUCUUUGGACGACCUGGCGCGCACAGCCGCGCCCCCUGCCUGCCUCCUCGGGAGCGGGGGCCGCUUCAAGGCCUGCAGCGUGGCGGGCUCGUGGGUGUGCCCGCGGCCCCUGGUGCGCGGCGACUCCGAGAAUGUCUACGAGGCCAUCCGGGACGUGCUCGGCCCGCCGCUGGAGCAGCACCCGGAGCAGGUGGACGACCCCCCGGAGCCCGUGUACGCGAACGUGGAGAGGCAGCCUCCGGUCACGUCGCCUGGCGCCGCCGCCGUCCCCCGCCCCGGCCCGGUGUGGGAGGAGCACACGGACGCGGGCACCGGGCGCCCCUACUACUAUAACCCGGACACGGGCGUGACCACCUGGGAUUCGCCCUUCGAGGCUACCGAGGGCGCCGCCAGCCCGGCCACGUCCCCAGCCUCGGUGGGCAGCCACGAGAGCCUAGAGAGCGAGUGGGGACAGUACUGGGAUGAGGAGAGCCAGAGGGUGUUCUUCUACAACUCGCUGACGGGCGAGACGGCCUGGGAGGACGAGUGCGAGGACCCGCCGGAGGACGAGCAGGCGAUGCAGCCGGGCCUGAGCCCCUGCAGCCCCAGGGACCAGAGGCCCCCCACUCCUGAGACGGACUACCCCGAGUUGCUGACCAGCUACCCGGAGGAAGACUAUUCCCCCGUGGGCUCCUUCGGGGAACCCAGCCCCUCUCCCUUGGUCACACCCCCAGGCUGGUCUUGCCAUGUGAGCCCAGAUGGACAGACGCUGUACACCAACAACUUCACCCAAGAACAGUGGAUGAGGUUGGAGGACCAACACGGGAAGCCUUACUUCUACAACCCAGAUGACACCUCCGUUCAGUGGGAGCUGCCCCAGGUCCCUGUCCCUGCCCCUCAAAGCAUCCGCAAAUCCAGCCAAAACAGUGAGACCCCAGCCCAGGCCAGCCCCCCUGAGGAGAAGAUCAAGACCCUGGACAAAGCAGGCGUGCUCCAUCGCACCAAGACGGUGGACAAAGGAAAGCGCCUCCGGAAGAAGCAUUGGAGUGCAUCCUGGACAGUGCUGGAGGGCGGUGUCCUGACAUUCUUCAAGGACUCAAAGACCUCAGCUGCAGGUGGCCUGAGGCAGCCUUCCAAGCUCUCCACCCCCGAGUACACAGUGGAGCUGAAGGGGGCCUCUCUCACCUGGGCUCCCAAAGACAAAUCCAGCAAGAAGAAUGUGCUGGAGCUGCGGGGCCGAGAUGGCUCAGAGUACCUGAUCCAGCAUGACUCGGAGGCCAUCAUCAGCACCUGGCACAAGGCCAUCGCCCAGGGCAUCCAGGAGCUGUCUGCAGACCUGCCGCCCGAGGAGGAAAGCGAGAGCAGCUGCGUGGACUUCGGGUCCAGUGAGCGCUUAGGAAGCUGGCGAGAAGAUGAGGCUCGGCCUGGAGCAGCCGCACCCGCCCCUGGGUCCGGAGGCGUGGAGAGCGACUUGAGCAAGGUCCGGCACAAGCUCCGCAAGUUCCUGCUGAGGCGGCCCACGCUGCAGUCGCUGCGGGAAAAGGGCUACAUCAAAGACCAGGUGUUCGGCUGCGCGCUGGCCAAGCUGUGUGAGCGUGAGAGGAGCCGGGUGCCGCGCUUCGUGCAGAAGUGCAUCCAGGCGGUCGAGGCCCGGGGGCUGGACAUCGACGGUCUGUACCGCAUCAGUGGAAACCUGGCCACCAUCCAGAAGCUGCGCCAUAAGGUGGAUCACGAUGAACAUCUGGACCUGGACGACGGGCGCUGGGAGGACGUCCACGUUAUCACCGGCGCCCUGAAGCUCUUCUUUCGAGAGCUGCCCGAGCCCCUCUUCCCGUUCUCACACUUCCGCCAGUUCAUCGCGGCCAUCAAGCUGCAGGACCAGGCUCAGCGCAGCCGCUGUGUGCGGGACCUGGUGCGCUCGAUGCCCGCCCCCCACCACGACACGCUGCGGCUGCUCUUCCAGCACCUGUGCCGGGUGAUCGAGCACGGUGAACAGAACCGCAUGUCGGUGCAGAGCGUGGCUAUAGUGUUCGGGCCCACGCUACUGCGGCCCGAGACGGAGGAAACCAGCAUGCCCAUGACCAUGGUGUUCCAGAACCAGGUGGUGGAGCUCAUCCUGCAGCAGUGCUCAGACAUCUUCCCGCCGCACUGACCGCGGGCCCCCCCCCCCCCGCUGCUGGCGCCGCGGACCUGGGACUGGGGGCCGCGACAGUGGUCCUGCAUAGAAGCUGGGCGGCUGGACUCUAUCUCUGAGACCCGCCGCCUCCCACCGGUCCGUAGGCGGGUGCGAGUUCUGCACCCCUCGGUUCUGAGGGUAUGGUGACCCCUGGUGGGCAGUUCGCAAAAUGUGAUUUUUUUCUUUUCCGCCCCCGCCCUGAUGUGGCCUGUUUGGGGGUUAAUUAGGUUCUGUUCUUUAUCACAGCAUCACCUACUGUGCGUGCGCGAGAAUGCGGGUGGGGGGAGAGUUUUCAGGGACAGCCCUGUUGCGAGGUGGAAUUUGGCUGAGGGGCUUCCUGGCUUCGUCCGGCCUGCACCUGGUGGAAGCCUUCACCCAGACCCUGUGGGUCCCCGGCCCCGUGCGUGGCACUGUGCCCAUCAUGAAGCAGCAGUCGACAGCCUCCCUGCUGCGGAAACAGGACUGACCCGGGCCUCCAGCAGACAGCUGGCCCUGCCUUUCCCCAGGCCUCUGGACUGAAGCUCCCGCCAGGCCCAAUCACUGGCGGGCUGUGGACCAUCUUUAUCAACUUUCCUGUUGGGGUUCUGGGCCUCUGCCCUCCCUGAUCCACUUGUGCUCUGUGCAAGGGUUCUUCCCCAUCACUUAACGUGUACCCUGCACCUGCCACUUGACAUGAUCCAUUUCCACGCGUAAUCCCAUCUUACAGAUGAGGAAACUGAGGCCUGUGAGGCACAGUGACUUGUUCAGGGCCCGGUGGGUGAUCUGGCUCCCCAGCUCAGGCUCCUCUCACACCAGAGCACAGCCUCCUGUGAGGGUGAAAUCAAUCCUUUCAGCCACCCCCCCAAGCCCAGCAUGGCCUUAUGGUAAAGCAGGGAAACUAAGCUGGGUGGGUUCUGUCUGGGCCUGGGGAGGCCCCUGAAGGCAAGGAGGGAAUCUGCGCCCGCUGCUCCUCUCUGGGGGGAGGGGAAAUAGCACUGGCCGGAGCUCCUAGCCCCUCGUAGUGCCCUGGCUGUCAGGUGUGCCUCCCUGGUGCCCACCUUGCCAUGAAGAGCUGGGAGAGAGGCCUGCAGGGUAGGGGGGAAGGAGGGCACGACCUCAGAGGAGGAAGUGUGAACCCUGGGGUCAUCAGCCCCCCUUCCCUUCUUGUACACAAACCACCUCAGUGUAUGGGUCUCAGCCCCCUGCCCCACCUACCCACUCAUGUGCUCAAACAAUAAUAGCUAAUAUUUAUUGACAUUUGCACCAUGCCAAGCUUUUUACUUGGAUUAUCUCAUUUGUUUCUCACAGCCAAUAUUUAUUAUCUGCUCUUCUGUGCCGGGCACUGUGUUCUGGGGCAGGGGUACUGCACAUGCCUCCCUGCUGGACCUUAGGGUCCAGUGGGUGGGGUUGACCCAAGCCCACCCCUAAUGCCAGCAGGGCUGGGGCAAGAGUGCAAACGGAGGCCUCAUGCUGUACGUCAGCAUAGUGGAAAGUUAUAAAUCAAGCUAACAACUGUUCAAUAAAAUGUGUUCUAUU